AUGGCAGCUAAGCAGCCGUCUUCAAGGUGGUGGUUUUGGACCAAGGUCGUUAUGGGUGGUGCUGUCGUCGCUGUUGGCGGCCCAGCCUUCACCAUGUGGUUGACACCUACCGAGGAAGAACUUCGAUCAAGAUAUAACCCCGAACUACGCAAGAAGAGUCUAGAGAACCGCGAAGAGCGACAACAAGAUUUCGAUGACUUUGUGACCCGAUUGAAGGAGUAUUCAAAGUCUGACAAGCCUAUCUGGAUCGUUGUGAAGGAGGAAGAGGAGCGAAAGCGAAAGAACGCCGCCGCUGCUGCAAAGGCGUCGAAAGUCGAGACCGAGACCCGACGAGAAGAGAUGAGAAGAGAGGCUGGCCUAGAUGCGAAAUAG